AUGAAGCUCCUCUACCCCACGUCCCUCAAGCUCGACGUCGACAGCCUCCAGGGCUUCUCCGUCGACCUCGUCCCCUAUGACGUAAACACCAAGAUCCCCGAGGAGCACACAGACGCAGAGAUCCUCGUCACUUGGACAAACUCGGCCGACAACCUCAAAGACGCCGCCGCCCGCCUCAAGAACAUCAAGUGGAUCCAGUCCCUCGCCGCCGGCCCCAACGACGUCCUCAACGCCGGCUUCGACACCUCCAAAGUCACAGUCACCACCGGCUCCGGCCUCCACGACCACACCGUCGCCGAGCACGCCCUGGGCCUGCUCCUCAACGCCGCCCGCCGCUUCUACGAGAUGCGCGACUACCAGCUCCAGUCCAAGUGGCCCGGCCACCUAGGCGGUCCCCAGCCAGACCGCCCCGCCGGCGCCUUCACGACGCUCCGCGACGCCCGCGUCCUGAUCUGGGGCUUUGGCAACAUUGCAAAGUCCCUCACCCCGCACCUCCGCGGCCUCGGCGCGCAGGUCAAGGGCGUCGCUCGCAACGCGGGUAUCCGUGACGGCGUCGAGGUGUACGGCGAGGACAAGCUCGCCGAGCUGCUACCCGAGACGGACGCGCUCGUCAUGAUUCUGCCCGGCUCCGACUCAACCAAGAACGCGCUCAACGCCGCGCGCCUCAAGCAGCUGCCCAAGCACGCCUGGGUCAUCAACGUCGGCCGCGGUACGUCUAUUGACGAAGACGCUCUGGUGGACGCGCUGGAGGCGGGCGAGGUUGGUGGUGCGGCGUUGGACGUGUUCGUGACGGAGCCGCUGCCCGAGUCGAGCCGUCUGUGGAAGGCGCCGAAUGUUGUCGUCUCGCCGCACGCUGCUGGCGGUCGGCCGCAGGGCGCCGAGGCGUUGAUCGCGUACAACUUGAGGCGGUUCCGUGCUAGUCAGGCAUUGAAGAACGUCAUCUGA